GAAGGAAAGGGAGAGGAGAGGGGUGUUGGGAGACUGGAUAUGGGACGGUAUACGCCUGCGUUGGAUGAGGAUGGGGAAAGGGAGUUGAACGAGCUGAAAGAUGAGAUGGAUGUGCUGAAAUUGUCAAGAUUUAGGCAAACGAUCUUGACACACGGCGUUCAAGUCCUACUUCUCAAGCUCCUCUCCGACCUGGAGACAAACUCGAGCGAAAUGGGCCGAAGUCGUGUUCAACGACAGCUUAGCGAAAUUCAGAAACAAUUGGGGAGCGUGAUGAUCGCGGGAGUGGAGACGGAUAUGGAGAGGAGUGAGUACAUGGAACGUUUGGAACGGCGAGGGGAGAGAGCACAAGUACCGCGGGGGGUGGGAAGAGGAAGAUGAGGGCGGCGGAGAGCAAGGGCGAUGGAGAGGAGGGAAGGAGGAGUGUGAAAAAGGCAAAGGGGGGUCAGUCGAGUUCGAGCUCGUUGAACCUGCCGUUUGGGGUUUGAUUACCUGUUUGCAUCGUUCCGUCACUGGCCCAUCGUGUGUUAGAAUAAUGUAAGUAGGCCCUAUCGCCAUUGACGGGGA